AACUGUAAUUGAGACGUACUUUUGUGCGUACCGUAUCGUACGUAUGUAGGAGUACUCCAAAUACAGUAAUACAGUACUGUACUGUAAUAAUACUGUCCUGUAAUAUGGCGCUCUUACCGUACGUACGGCAGUAGCAGUCUUAUUUCGUACCGAACUAUCAGAAAUAAUUCAAGACGAUCAAUCCAUGAGAUGCAAACUGCAGCAGGUGUCUUUAAUAGCUAUGUCUGCCUACGAAUGAUCAGCGUAAUGAUACACAAAAGGAGCUAGUCGCCGUCUUCACAACUCUUGCCGAAUCCAUUCCAAACAGGAGACUUCUGAUAAACUCUUAGCAUCAAGUUCGGACAGAAAAAAUCUGAUCUGACCCGACCAUAAUCCAUAAUCGAAAAAAGACGACAACUCACGAUGGGGAAGCGAAGAUCUAGAAUACCGCCGAGGUUCUCUGCACCCGCAAACGAGAAAAAAAAGUCUAAGAUUCGUGCUGGGAGGCUCAUUCGCGGGUUGAUUAUAGUUUCUUUGACUAGUGUAACAUACUUCAUUUACUUUUUGUCACUUAUGGACUACAGUGAUAUUAGUGGUUCUUACCAUCCGAUCGCUGAUGCCCUUGGCUAUCUGGACGCAAAUCAGAAACAAGUCCAGGUAAUAGAAGAGAAGUUAAAAGAAACUCAUAUAGGAAAGAAUUCCAAAAUUCCCGGAGCCAAGCAAAUAGGAAAACAAAUAGAAAAUAAUCCCAAGAUCAACGAAGACAAGCAAGCUGAAAAGACGAUGGAUGACGAAGAGAAUCAAAUGAAAAAGAUAAUGGUCAAAGUKGGGGGUGAAGAUAUCGAGAUUCCAUCAGCGCAAACAUUAUUAACGAGCAAACCUCCCUUUGAGGAUUCAGAUGUGAUCACGUUAUUUCCUGCGGAUUCGAAAGAAAAACUUUUGAUCAAAGCACCGAACACCGUCGUUACAGGGUAUUUUCGAGUGAAAUCCAAAUACCAUUCCAGUGAAUACGAUGGUUGGAUGAGAAAUAUGCUGAGUCUUCAGGAUGCGAUGGUUGUCUUUACAGAGCCAGAUUUAGUAGACCAAAUCAAAGAAUUGAGAAGUCACGCCGUAAAUAGAACCAUUAUUGUUCCAGUGACUAUGGAUGAUCUCCCUAUUGGAAGACUUUAUUCCGAAACGUUUUGGAAAGAUCAAUUGGAUCGAGAUCCAGAACAAAGAAUUCAUCGCUCCUAUCAACUUUUUUGGAUUUGGCUUAGUAAAUCGUGGUGUGUGACGCAGGCGAUACGGUUGAAUGUCUUCGACAGCGACCUUUUUGUUUGGUCUGAUAUUGGCUGCUUUCGGAACAAAAAAUACAAUUCGAAGACUUUGGUAUUGCACCGUGAAAAUGUGCCAGAUCAUGAGAUGCUUCAAAUGGCUCACCACGUACCGAACCCACCAAGUGAGGUAUUGUUCAACGACAAAUACAAGAAGCCAGCUAACUUUUAUCAUAGCGGAUCGCAAUUUGUUGGAUAUAAAGACGCAUGGCUGACUUUCCACAAGUACUUUUUGGAGACAAUUGAUCGCUUCUUGAAGAAGAAUAUGAUUAUUGUUGAGGAUCAAGCUGUUUUACAGAGCGUUUGCUUAUCUCAUCCAGAAAUAUGUGCCUAUGUGCCUUUCAAAUUGGUAAAUGACAACCACUACUUUGGACUUCGACAUGUCCUGCAUUAUGGAGGGAAUCUGGAGUACUGGCGGUAUAAGCCAAAUAUUGGUUCGCGUUAGAGAGAAACGAAGUACUUGGAAGACUCGACUAAAUUGUGUUCGUAUCUACUUUCAAGUAAAUACGGAGCAUGACACAGAGACGGAGACCGAGAGUGCACUUUGGAACUCAUAUCACUGGAAUAAAUCUGGACAGCAUGCCGAAAUCAGAAAAAAAUCCAAAAGCUUGAAAAUUUUCAAAUUUUCGGGAAACCAAGUUUUUGUCAAAAAACGCCCUCACAGACCUGCACAAAUUUGCACCUCUGGCUAGCCAAGACGUACCUCUGGUAUUCACGAUGUCAUUCUAGAGCAAUUUGGCGUUAAUUUAGAGUUCAUAUUAAUCUUAUUCAUUGGGUCAUUCCCGUUAUUCUAAAUGUGCUAGUUUAACAUAUUUAGCACAUUUAGAAUAGUGGGAAUAACAUUUCCAAGGGACAGAAAACAGGGAAUGCUGGCUUGUUGCCGGUCUUUUUGGGAAUUUGGAAUCUUAACUACAGUACACUUCAACAUAAAGACUAAAAAGCGGAAUUGGUGCACACGCCACUUUGGUGGUACUAAGAUAAACAUGAAAUUUCAUCUGUACAAAAUAUAUGCCACUACUAGAGAUAUUCCUGUUAGUAAAAGGAACACAUAAAUUUCAGAUACUCAC